AAACAUUUCAGUGCGGCAACCACCUCAGCAGCUUCGAGCUAAGGUGCAAAGCUUCGAGGUCGAGAUUCAGAUAGUCUGUCACAUUCAUAGCAUUCGCAUCGAGUAAAAAUGGCCCAACGAGUCACUCUCCGAAAGCGACAGCCAUACAACACCACCUCCAACAGGAGGAGAGUCGUCAAGACUCCUGGUGGAAAGUUGGUCGUUCACCACAUCAAGAAGCGAGCUGCCAACCCAAAAUGUGGUGACUGUGGAGUCGACAUUGCUGGUGUUCCCGCCCUCCGCCCUCGAAAAUACGCUACCCUUUCCAAACGUCAAAAGACCGUUAACCGAGCUUACGGAGGAUCUUGCUGCUCUCUUUGCACCAAGCAACGCAUCACCCGAGCGUUCUUGAUCGAGGAGGCUACCAUCGUCAAGCGUGUGCUCAAGGCCAAGGCCGCUACUGUCAAGAAGUAGAUGCUUGGAGAGUUUCACGAAUCACGGAGGGCGAGUCGGCAGGGUCUGCAUGACGAUGUAUACCAUUUAGCAUCAC